UGUAGGAAAGUUAUAGAGUUCACAAACUAUGGUAUCUGAAUAUUGAUCAAUCCUGAAAAUGUCAGAACAGUACAGAUAUCCCCCAAAUGUCAGGACGGUACAGAUAUCCCCCAAAUGUCAGGACGGUACAGAUAUCCCCCAAAUGUCAGGACAGUACAGAUAUCCCCCAAAUGUCAAAACAGUACAGAUAUAUCCCCCAAAUGUCAGGACAGUACAGAUAUCCCCCAAAUGUCAGGACGGUACAGAUAUCCCCAAAUGUCAGGACAGUACAGAUAUCCCCCAAAUGUCAGAACAGUACAGAUAUCCCCCAAAUGUC